AUGCAUCUUUACCUUGGGUCCAACCCCCGGACUAUUUAUCUGGUGACUGGUUCCCACGAAGAAAACCUGGGACGGCCUCAGCGCGCGUUGGUAUUUCGUGCUGCCGAAGGAAAUCCUGCACAGGCAGUCGUAGAGUUUCUGCCCAAGGAUGAAGUUAAUCUCGCCAAUGCCAUCAGGUUGACAACUAGGGUUGUCAAGGGGUGCUUGGGUCUCAUUUGCAUCGACAAUGAAACAUUCCUUGCCGUCAUAACCUCUGCUACUGAAGUCGGAAACACACGUCCAUCUGAAUCAUCACCCGAGGCAGUUGCCAGGAUCCACGAAGUUCUUUUCUACUGCUUAACUUCAUCUACAUGGGAUGACUUUUCAGCGUCUCAAGAUACCAUGCUCGGCCCAGAUACCGCUGAUGCAAUCAUGAUACGUGAAAAUUAUCCUCAUUCUACGCCUCCACCGUUGUUUGAACAUCCCUGUCUUCCACUUACAAAGAUACUUUCCUCCGGGUCAUUCUAUUAUGCUCUUGAGCCUCAUUGGGAUAUAUCUUCAAGAUUUUCGGAGCGGCUAUCACGAGACCGCUCUAUUUCGAUGGAUAUAGGAACAUUCGACGAGCGUUUUGUAUGGAACGAGUACAUCGUUCGGAGCCUCCUGGAUUUCCGAGAAAAACUUGACUUCCACGAGCGCGAGGAAUUGGAUUCAUGUCAAUUCAUUAUAUUAGCCAUGCAAGGCUAUGUUGGAGUUUUUACUAUGGCUCUGCCAGCUCCACCGACGGAUGGAUCCCCUACAAUCGCGACUUUGUCGUUGAUCUCGCGACUUGGUUGGAAACGUGCUGGUACUCGUUUCAACACACGGGGGGUUGACGAUGACGGAAACACGGCAAAUUUUGUUGAGUCGGAAACGAUCUUCAGUACCGACCAACAUAGCGUUAGCUAUGUGCAAGUUCGUGGUAGCGUUCCUUUGUUUUGGGAGCAACAAGGGAUACAGACUUUUGGGCAACGCAUUCAAAUUACUCGACCACAUGCUUCUCAGCCUGCAUUUGAACGACAUUUCUCUCAUCUAACAGAAGACUAUGGAGCCGUGCACGCAAUUAAUCUGUUAGGAACAAAAGAGAAUGAAGCGAUCCUGACCUCUGCCUAUGCUAAGCACCUACAUAUAGCCCGCAGUAUAUGGGGAGAUGGCUUGGGUAUCACUCAUUACGACUUCCAUAACUCCGUUAGGAUGGGAGGACACGAUAAUAUAAGUGACCGAUUCGGGUUCACAAUGUGCGACAGUAGCUCACGUGAAAUAAUUACGGAACAAAAGGGAGUGUUUAGAACAAACUGCUUAGAUUGCUUAGAUCGCACCAACUUUGUUCAAGAUAUACUCUCCCGCAACUCACUAGAACAGUACCUUAUGCUGGUUCGCCGUGAAUGGGUUCAGUCAGGUGCUCUCUGGACCCAUCAUCGGGAGUUGUGGGCAGAAAAUGGGGAUGCUCUUUCGCGCAUAUAUGCAGGAACAGGAGCUUUAAAUACCAGCUUCACACGAAGCGGAAAACGAACCCUAGCAGGUGUUUUAUCCGAUGCCACAAAAAGUGUCUCGAGGGCAUAUAUUAACAAUUUCCAAGAUAAAGGGAAACAAAUAGCUAUUGACAUGUUCCUGGGCAAUCUGAGCAAUCAGAAACAAGUAAAGAUAUUUGAUCCCAUCCACGAUUCCGUACGGAUAGCUUUGGAGCAGAGGCUCACUGAAUACUCCACUUCGAAAACUUGUAGUAUCUUUGUCGGCACGUGGAAUCUAAACGGUAGACCACCUUCAGAGUCUCUCUUGCCUUGGUUGUUCCCUCGAGAUAACAUUUUUGUCUUGGGAUUUCAGGAGAUUGUUCCUUUGACGGCUCAGCAAAUCGUACAAACAGAUCCUGAGAAAAGACGAAUGUGGGAGACAAGGAUCUUGGAAGCUCUUGAUCGGAGACCACACAAAGCGUACGAUUAUGUCCUUCUCCGGAGUGAACAGCUUGUUGGAACUGCUUUAGUCGUCCUUGUGAGAUCGGAAUUGACGGCUGUCAUCCGAAACGUCGAAGGCACCACUCGCAAAACCGGGUUGCGAGGCAUGUCGGGAAACAAGGGUGCCGUAGGUGUACGGCUGGAUUAUCAUGACACCAGUUUUUGUUUUUUGACAGCACAUCUUGCCGCUGGCCACUCCAACGUUGAAGAGCGUAAUGCUGAUUUUCACACAAUUGUGAAUGGCCUACAUUUUCUGAAAGGAAAGACGGUAGAAAGCCACGAAAAUGUUAUCUGGCUCGCUGAUACCAAUUACCGGAUAGAAUUGGACAACGAAACAGUUAGAUCUUUAGCCGAAGCAGAUGAUUUUGACUCGUUGCUUGCGGCUGACCAGCUCAAACAAGCAAUGGAUAGUAGGGCGAUUUUCGAAGGUUACGAGGAAGGGCCGCUUUUAUUCCGACCCACUUACAAAUAUGAUGUCGGUACGGAUAACUAUGACACGAGUGAAAAAUUGCGAAUACCCGCAUGGACAGAUAGAAUUUUGUUCAGAGGUCGUUUUGACUUAACCGCGUACUCUCGAGCUGAAUUGAAAGGGUCGGAUCAUCGUCCUGUCUUCGCGUCAUUUAGGACAAGUGUGCGAAUCAUCGAUACAGCAAAACGAUCGGCGCUUUCCCGAUUAUUGCUCGAAAGUACGCUUGACGCUGCUCCCGGUGAGAUUUUGGAAGAAAAACUUGCCUCAUUGCCUCUUCCAAUAAAUUAUGUUGAGCUUCCACCUCCCAGCUCGGAUGAACAAGCAUGGUGGGAUCACCCAGAUCACCCGAAAGGCGUGUUUCCCAUCUCUACAUUAACUUUGCAACGUCACUCUUCGACAAAUCCAUUCGAUUCGCCUGUAGAUUCGCCGUUGUCUUCUUCUCCAUCCUCUUCAGACGAAGAGCUGUACUCGCACGCACUUGCACUUCAAACUCCUAUCACUCCAAUGCCAGCUUCUCGAAAACCGCCUCCCCCGCCCCCGCCAUACCGAAACCGGACCACUGUGGAGACUCCAUAACACACCAACGCAGCGAAACAGCAUGAUUGUUAGCAAUUGCAUGUCGAUGGCAAGAAAGUAGCCUGGGACAUUUGCCUGCCUACAUAUAAUUACAAAAGUCCUACAUCGGAGAUUAUCUAAUCUGCAUCAGAUAAGGCCCUGUUUCUUAAGAUCCUCAUAUGUCUUCCGGUUAUAGACAUUUCCUUCAUCAUCCUCGAGCUCCUCCAUGGUUUCUUGUUCGAAAAUCUCAUGUCUGCCUUCUUGCUUCAACUUCUCGGCGACUAAGCAUGCAUUUUGUAUGAGUCAGCGUUGCAGGCGACAGGAAUGAUCCAACUCACGUGAAAGAGCAUCCUCAAUACGUGUAAUUUCGUGGAAAUGUUUAGUAUUAGGUAAACCUAAUGCUCUCAUUCCGAACGCAUGUCGAGAUUCCUGUAAUACGUGAUCAGUUAACGCACGACCACAUCUGUUAGAGGAUCUUGCCUGGAAAUGACGAUCAAAGUUUUUCCUGGGACAAAAGCAUGUCAGUUAGCUACAUGGAAGAUCUCACUUUUCGAACAUACCUUCCCAUGUAAACAUGAUC